AUGACCUUCUAUAGGGACAAGGACGUGUGGAAGCCAGAGCCGUGUCGUAUCUGUGUUUGCGACACCGGCACGGUCCUGUGCGACGAAAUCAUCUGCGAGGAGUUGAAAGACUGUCCCAAACCUGAGAUCCCGUUUGGGGAGUGCUGUCCAUGGUACACUUUAAAGGACGCACCAUCAGGUCAGGUUCAUCUCAAGCUAGAAUGGCUCUCUCUGCUCCCCUCUGCAGAGCGCCUAAGCGAAGUGCUGGAGAGGAAUAAAAACAUUACAAUAUAUGGAAAGACAGCAGAUCCUCCUUCUGCUGCUAUUUUGACAGUUUAUCUUGACCGGGCACAAGAUCUACCUUUUAAGAAAGGCAACAAGGACCCCAGCCCCAUGGUGCAGAUUUCUGUCCAGGAUACCACCAAAGAAAGCAGGACGGUGUAUGGGACUAACAAUCCAGUAUGGGAAGAUGCAUUUACAUUUUUUAUUCAGGACCCACGCAAACAAGAUAUCGACAUCCAGGUGAAGGAUGAUGACAGGGCUUUGACUCUGGGGAGUUUGUCUGUCCCUUUGUCCCGUCUGCUCUCCAGUGCUGAGCUCAGCAUGGAUCAAUGGUUUCAGCUAGAAAAGUCCGGACCGGCCAGCCGUAUCUACAUCACAGCUAUGCUGAGGGUGCUGUGGCUGAAUGAAGAAGCAAUCCUUACCACACCUGUGACUCCGUUACCCGGAGAUGGAGAUAUUGAAGCAGAAGUGUCUUCAGGGGUUUCAAAAUUAAUCCCUGUUUCAAAACGUCCCGAGCACACUAGUCCAGACAGCAGUUUUGCAUCUGAGGGUGUUCUGCGGAUCCACCUGUUAGAAGCCCAGAAUCUCAUUGCUAAGGACAAUAUAAUGGGUGGGAUUGUAAAGGGAAAGAGUGACCCGUAUGUGAAGAUCCGAGUAGGAGGACUGGCAUUCAAGAGUCAGGUCAUCAAAGAGAACCUCAACCCCAUCUGGAAUGAACUUUAUGAGGUGAUCUUGACCCAGCUGCCAGGUCAGGAGGUGGAGUUUGAUCUUUAUGAUAAAGACAUUGAUCAGGACGACUUCCUUGGCAGGGUUAAAGUGAGUCUCAGAGAACUCAUCAGCUCUCAGUUUACUGAUCAGUGGUAUACUCUGAAUGAUGUGAAGUCUGGACGAGUUCAUCUUGUGUUGGAAUGGGUGCCUAAAGUUUCAGAUCCCAACAGACUUGAACAGAUCCUACGUUACAAUUAUCGUCAGUCUUACCUGAAUAAAACGGUUCCUUCCGCUGCUCUGCUUUCUGUGUAUGUUGAGAGAGCACAUGGUCUGCCUUUAAAAAAGAGCGGAAAGGAGCCGAAAGCAGGAGCAGAAUUGUGCCUCAAAAAUGUGUUCUACCGGACCAAAGUUGUCAAUAGCUCAACUUCUCCACAGUGGGAUGAAGCUUUUCAUUUCCUGAUUCAUAAUCCAAGAGAAGACACACUUAUAGUCAAACUCUCUCACAGCUGGGGUCAGGCUCUGGGCUCUCUUGUGCUUCCUGUGAAGGAGCUGAUAGAUGAGAAGGAUCUAGUGAUGGACCGUUGGUUCAGUCUGGAUGGAGCCAUGCCUGAAAGUCAGAUUCUGCUGAGAGCUGAACUCAAGCUCCUAGACAGCAAGUUGGCUCAGUGUAGCGAUGCAGAGGAUUCAAGUCACAUCAUCUCUACUGGAGACGAAGCUGCUGCAGGCAAUCGUGAGCUCCGACACAGAAGUGUGCCCACCCAAGGAGGUGAGGAUGCAGAUUCAACCGGGAAGGCCCAGGUGAAGCUUUCUGUUGUGUAUUCAUCUGAGGAGAACCGACUUGUCAUUACUGUCCAUGCCUGCAGGAACUUGCCAUCCUACUCCAAGGAUCCUCCAGACACGUACAUCUCCUUUAUUUUACUUCCGGACAAGAACCGGAUCACCAAAAGAAAGACCACUAUUAAGAAGAAAAGCCUCAAACCUGAGUUCAAUGAGAGAUUUGAUUUUGACAUGUCACAUGAAGAAGCUAAGCAGAAACAUCUUGAAGUGUCUGUCAAGAACAGCGUUUCCUUCAUGAGUCGUGAAAAAGAGCUUCUUGGCAAGCUUCUGAUAGAUCUGAGUCAGCUGGAUCUCAAAGCAGCAGUAUCACAGUGGUACAGCUUGUCACAUGAGACCAACUGACUGACCGUCCUUCCCAUGUUGACUUCAUUUGCAAUCAUUCAUAGUGGAGCCUGAUUUCACAGAUGUUCUCCUGACACUAGCAGAGGGUCCUAGAGCCGGGCGUCAGGAUAAAGAUUGCAUCAUGUAACCGCUGUGCAACUAGCUUUCGCACAAAAAAUAUAGCCUGCUUGAUUUCCAUCUUAAACAAAUGAUGUUAGCACAAGAAGGCUAUGAGGGCGCCACCUUGAGUCAACUCGGCAGCUGUUGGAGAAAUGUUACAUUUUUUAAAGUAUUUGUAGCUUUUUAGCUCCUGCACUUUAUGGGUCAUUGAGAAUGCAGCGGUGAGAAGUCAGAGCUUCUGUUCAGCAGUGUUUAUUGCAUUUCAUUCCCCAAAAAAAUAGUUGUGGAGUUGAUUAUUUCCAAAUGAAUCCACAUCAUGCAUUUCAAAAUCACCAAAUUGCUAUAUAUUAUUAUUAUGAUUUUUUUUUUAAGAAAGCCUAUCAAGAACGAAUCAUUUUAUAUUGUUUCCUCUUUUAAUAUCUAAUAAGGGUUUAGAUAUUAUUUAAACAUUUCUUGUAUCGUUGGUUUCCAUAUUUUAGCCUCAUGUUUGUAACUAGACUAUUCAUUUUACACAUAUCAAAAAACGUGUUGAUCACUGUGCAAAGUGAGUACCUUCCCAAAGAUUUAAAAUAUAUUUUAUGUGUGUAUGUUUUAACCAUAGACUGUAACGAAGGUUCAAACCAAAAGGCAGCAUGAAUAUUUAAAAUGUAAGUGCCAAUGAGUCGCUGAGAGACAGAUGCUCAACAAUGUUACAAAAAUGCUUGAGUUGUGUCUUAAAGUACAGAAUUAGUUCCUCGUGAGAAAGACAAUUUUGACAGAAAACAGAGAUGCUUUUGACGUUGAAAUGUAGUGCUCCUGCACCCUGUUAACCAGAGCCUGUAUCGCCGUUUUAAUAAAUAUGCCAUUUGCACUUUCAA